ACCUUAUAAUUCAGGCUCGGAUACUAGAACUUCAUCUGCUGUUACACGAAUACCUAUUACAUUACGUCAAGAAUAUUAUAAAAUUUAUCUUGAACCAGAUUUAAUCAAUAAUACAUAUAAAGGUGUAUUAGAUUAUCAGUUUCGAUGUCUAAAAAGCACAAAUCUCAUUCAUUUACAUAUGAUCGAUCUAAUCAUUGAUAAUUCAUCAAUUCUAAUAUUAUCUGGAACGUUGAGAAGUCCAAAAUAUCAAACAUGGAAAUAUGACAAAUACAAUGAAUUCAUGAUAAUUACAUUUGAUUCAAGUUUCGUUCAGGAUACCGUCUAUCAUUUAAAUAUUAAUUAUACAGGUAACUUUUCUGAUAGUUUAAGUGGAUUUUAUAUUAGUAAGUAUAAUGAUACAAAAAGUCAACCAAGAACAUUGAUGACAUCUCAAAUGGAGCCAACUCAUGCACGAACAGCAUUUCCAUGUAUUGAUGAGCCAGCAAGAAAAGCAAUAUUUCAAAUUAGUGUUAGAUUUAAUUCAUCUUAUCGAAUAUGGUCAAAUACAGAAUUAGAAAAUGAAACUUAUUUUAAUGAUGGUACAAAAUUAACUGUAUUUAAACCAACAUUAAAAAUGUCAACAUUUAUUCUUGCUUUAAUUGUUGCUCUUGAACAAGAUUUUGGUUGUCGACCUGCACAACAAAUUCGAGGACGACAUAAUAUUAGUCAUAUUAUUCGAUCAAGUAUAUGUGGACGAAAGGAUAUUUUAGAACAAUUAUCUUAUGCUGAAGAAGUAGCAACUAAAUCAUUACAUUUUUUCAAUGAAUAUUAUGAUAUGGAUUAUCCUCUAGAAAAAAUUGAUCAUUUUGCUGUGCCCGAUUUUGGAGCAGGUGCCAUGGAAAAUUAUGGUCUACUCAUUUAUAGAGAAGUGGGACUAUUUUUUGACGAGAAAACAGUAUCAGCAUCACGAAAACAAUAUAUAACAACAGUGGUCGCACACGAAAUUGCCCAUCAAUGGUUUGGAAAUCUGGUAUCACCAGAAUGGUGGGGUGAAUUAUGGUUAAAAGAGGGUUUUGCUAGUUACAUGGAAACAUUGGCUAGUGAUCAAGUAGAACCAGAUUGGAAACAAGAUGAACGUUUUGUUGUUGAAAAAAUAUUUUCGUUUAUGGAAGCUGAUUCAUUACCUACUUCUCGUCCUAUUAGUAUUAACUCAACUAAUCCUGCUGACAUUUUUCAAUUAUUUGAUGCCAUUACCUAUGAUAAAGGCGCAACACUUAUCCGUAUGAUGAGUAUGUUCUUAGGAAAUUUAACAUUUCAACAAGGAAUACAAAAUUAUUUAAAAAAUUUGAGCUAUGAGUCGGCUACACAAGACGAUCUAUGGUCAUAUUUAAGUAAAGCAGCUAACAACACUAUUUCUGUAAGUAAAAUAAUGAAUGGUUGGACAACACAAGCUGGCUAUCCAAUUCUUGACAUUCAACGAUCAUAUGGCAACAUAAAACAACUACAUAUUAAGCAAACACCAUUUAGUCUACUGUCAUCGACAGAUAAACAUGAGAAAUGGUGGAUACCAUUUAAAUAUUUUGAUAUGCAAACAGUUAAUAGAGUAGAUAGUCAACCGUUAAUUUGGGUAAAUGAAACAACAAAAACAAUCAACAUAACCACAGCUAAUGACAAAUGGAUUUUAGCUAAUCCCGGUUAUCUUGGUAUUUAUAGGACUAAAUAUGAUCAAGAAAAUUUUCGUCUCAUUGUUCAACAACUUAAUACCGAUCAUUCCCGAAUACCAAUUAUAACUCGUGGUGCAUUAAUCGAUGAUACAUUCGCUCUAACUCGUACAGGAACAAUAAGUACUACCGAUGCAUAUGAUCUUAUGCGCUAUUUAAAAUAUGAAAAAGAAUUUGUACCAUGGACAGCUGCAUUUUCAGCAAUGAGAUAUCAAGAAGAUUUAUUAAGUAGUACGGAAAUUUUAAUGAAUGUACAACAAUAUUUUCUCGAACUUGUAUUACCACUCUAUAAUCGAAUUGGAUGGGAUGCCGUCGAUCAAUCAAAAGAUUGGCUAACAGCACUUCUACAACCAAGUGUUCUAUCAGCUGCAUGUCGAUACGAACACAAAAAUUGUAUUGAUAUAGCACGUAGUAAAUUUCUUCGAUGGAAAACAAAUCCAUCUUUAAAUCAAAUUCCAGCCACAUUACGUUCAACUGUUUAUUGUAUAGCAAUUCGUGAUGGAACAAUGGACGACUUUUAUUUUCUAUGGGAUCGUUUACAGCGUGAAACAGUGGCUAGUGAAGUAUUAAAUUUAUUAACUGGAAUGGCAUGUACAAAAGAUAAUAAUUUAAUAACAUUUUUUCUUAAUCAACAUUUAAAAGAUAAAUCGGCUAUUCGAGAACAAGAUAUAGCAGCAUCAUUACAACGUGUUGCACGCUCACCUCAAGCAAACCAAUUAACAUGGAAUUAUAUUCGUGAAAAUUGGUCAAAAUUAUUUGCAAAGUUUGGUAAAUCAUUAUCAUUGAGUGGUAUUAUUGACUCAGUUACAAGUCGAUUUGUUACACAUGUACAACGAGAUGAAUUUGAAGCAUUUUCAGAUUCAAUUCCAGAUAAAGGUACAGCCUCUCGUCAAUUUAUUUUAUCAAUGGAUAAGAUUAAUGCAGCACUGUAUUGGAAAAAAAAGAAUAUUGAUGCGAUAACUGAAUACCUUUCGGCUAGCAGUCAUAAAACAAAUGCAAGUCAACGUUUACCAUCCGAUGUUGUUCCUAUUCAUUAUUUUCUUUGGGUAAAGCCCUAUUUAAACAUCACAAACGAUAAUUUACGUUUUUCAAUAUUUGAUGGCACAGUGCAUAUCUUAUUGAAUAUAACACGUCCAACAAAUCGAAUUGUUUUACAUAAAAAGUAUAUCGAUAUAUUGAGUGUUAGUUUAAUGAGCAGAGACAAUGUACAAGUAAUAUCUCAUUCAUCUGAUGUAGAACGAGAUUUUUUUAUCAUUAUGUUAAAUAAAAAUUUGACAGUGGGUUCAUUACCUACACUCAAUAUACAAUACGUUGGUGAAUUAAGAAAUGACACAUACGGCUUCUAUUUGAGUUCAUACAUUCGUUCAGAUAAAACUCGUGGUUAUUUGGUAUCAUCACAAAUGGAGCCAAUAGCUGCUAGACGAGCACUUCCAUGUUUUGAUGAGCCCGCAUCAAAAGCACGAUUUACAAUUACGGUUGAACACGAUAAACGGUAUUCAGCGCGAAGUAAUAUGGAAGUAAUUGGUACACCAACACCGGUACCAAAUGAUAGUGACUGGGUUACAACAAGAUUCGCUGAGUCUCUACCGAUGAGUACCUAUCUAUUGGCUUUAGUUGUCUCAGAUUUCAAAUGUGUUACAAAUGCGACAACUGGUCGACGUCGUAAUAUUAUUACAAAUGUUUGCGCACAACCAGAAAAAGUACAAGAAUUAUAUUAUGCAUUACAAGUGGCUAGUCAAAAUAUUGAAGAUUUUGAAAAUCAAUAUGAUCUCGAUUAUCCAUUGAAAAAAAUAGAUCACAUUGCUGUGCCAGAUUUUGAUGCGGGUGCAAUGGAAAAUUGGGGAAUUAUUAUUUAUCGUGAAACACGAUUGUAUUAUAAUAAUAAAACAUCAACACCGGCAAAUAAACAAGAUGUUGCAUUUGUUAUUGUACACGAGCUAGCUCAUCAGUGGUUUGGCGAUUUAGUAUCACCUGCUUGGUGGGAUGACUUAUGGCUCAAUGAAGGUUUUGCUAAAUGGAUGGAAUUUAUCGGCACUGAUCGUAUUCAUCCCGACUGGCAUUCGUAUGAACAAUUCAUUAGUCAACGGUGGUUAGCUGUAAUGCAAAAUGAUGCUGUCUCAUUUUCCCAUCCGAUAAAUAUGCAAAUAACUCAUAAUGAUCAGUUAACUUCAAUAUUUGAUUCUAUCACAUAUUCGAAAGGUUCAUCAAUAUUACGAAUGAUGAGAAAUUUUAUGGGUAGUACAACAUUUGACAAAGGUGUCACUCAAUACUUGACCAAACAUCAAUAUCAGACAGCAAAACAAACAGAUUUAUGGACUGCUAUGGGACAAGCAAUGAUAGAUGAUCACAUACCUCUUCCGACGAACACGACAUUAGAAGAAAUUAUGAGUACAUGGACUGAUCAAAUGGGUUAUCCGUAUAUACAAAUCGAUCGAGACUACGUAUCAAACACCAUUAACGUUACUCAAAAACAAUUUUUAUUUGAUGUCGAUGCUCAACCACCAAAGUCACAACAUAAUUAUCUCUGGUGGAUACCACUAAAAAUACGUUCACGAUUAAUAAACCAAUCAGACAUCACAUGGCUUAAUAAAAAUAAACGGACAGUAUACAAUAUACCGUCUAUAUCAACUUCACCCGAUCAAUGGUUAUUAGCUAAUCCCGAUUUAUUAGGAUUUUUUCGAACGAAUUAUGAUGAACGAAAUUGGAAUUUAAUUAUAAAACAACUUAUAAAUGGACACGAAAAUUUUACGGUAACAGAACGAGCGGGACUUGUUGACGAUGUGUUUAAUCUGGCUCGUGCAGGUAUUGUUCCAGCCUCACUGGUAUUCGACAUGUUAAAAUAUGCUACAAAAGAAGAGAAAUAUAUUGUCUGGGAGCGUAUAUUAUCCGGUGUAAGUUAUAUUGAACAAAUGUUGAGUCAUACACCCACAUUCAGUCUAUUCAAAGCAUACAUGACCGAUUUGAUAAUGCCAAUUUAUAAUAGUUUAACAUGGACAGAAAAACCCACUGAAGACUGGCUUUCAUCGUUACAUCGUGAUCUUAUUAUAUCAGCUGCCUGUCGAUACGAUAUUAGCGAUUGUAUUACAAUUGCAAAGACAAAAUUUGAUGAAUGGCAAAAUCAACCAUUGGUGAAUAAUAUCGAUGCUAAUCAACGUCGUGUCGUCUAUUGUACAGCGAUUCGUUUAGGUUCACGAAAUGAAUUUCAAUUUUUAUUAAAUCAAUUUCAAUUAUCAAAUGAUCCACUAGAAAAAGCUCGUAUUCAAUUAGCACUAACGUGUACACGAGAUAUUGAAUUAUUACGGCAUUUAUUAAACAUCCAUUUAAAUGAAAACGUUGUACGACGACAAGAUGCUCUGUCUGGUAUACGAUCGAUAUGUCGUAAUUAUGUGGCCGAAACAGAAUGUUGGUCAUUUAUACAAAAACGAUGGCAUUUUUUAUUCAAAGAGUUAGGUGGUUCAUUGAGUUUUGCUGAUCUUAUCAAAGAUAUAACAGCUCGAUUUAAUACUGAAAGUCAUUUAACAGAUUUUGAACAGUUUUCUGAAGGAAUUCAAGAUAAAGGUGCAGCAGCCGCAGAAUUUAAAGCAACAAUUGAACGUAUACGAGCAAAUAUGGAAUGGACUAAUAAGGCUGAAAUCGAUAUUUUCGCAUGGUUUAUUAAUCGUACAUUAGAUGUUCGAUUACCAACAGAUUGGAUACCUAAUUUGUAUGUGCUUGAAAUUGAUAUUCAGUUAAAGAGUACACUUCCAAAUAAUAUUGAACCUGAUACUAGAUUUAAUGGACAUAUCACUAUCACAGUGAAUUGUAGUCGUCCAACAUCGGAAUUAAAAAUUCACGCAAAAAAUCUAAGAAUUCAAUCAGCUACGCUGAAACGAAUCGAUAGUCGAAAAAAUAUUUUGGUUGAUUGGUCCUUUAUUAAUUUAACCGAAGUAAUGGUGUGUCGUCUAAGUGAACAAUGUCAAUUAAACCAUCUAUACACGUUUGAUACAUAUUAUAUAACAGAAUUAGAUCGAGAAAUGGCCGGUUUUUAUUUAAGUAGAUACAAUGUAACGAUUAAUAAUGUAACAGUGACACAUAAUAUUGCAGCAACACAUAUGCAACCCACUGUUGCACGAAAAGUAUUCCCAUGUUUUGAUGAACCAGCGAUGAAAGCACAAUUUUCCAUUUCAAUCAUACAUGAUUCAAGUUUUUCAACUGUUCGAUCAAAUGGUGAAUUAAUAAAAAUCAUACCACUACCCGAUGGUCGUAUACAUUCUUAUUUCAAUAUUACACCACCUAUGUCAACUUAUUUAGUAGCAUUUGUUGUAACAGAUUUUAGUUGUAUUAAAAAUGUUACAAAUAGAGAUAUAACAGUGUCAGUUUGUGGUCGUCCAGAAGCCAUUCAAAAUUUUGAAGGUCAUUAUGCACUUGAUGUUGCUUCUGAUGUUAUCUCUUAUUUUGAAGAUUCGUAUAAUGUAUCGUAUCCGUUAAGAAAAUGUGAUCAUUUUGCUAUUCCAGAUUUUUCAGCAGGCGCAAUGGAAAAUUGGGGAUUGAUUACAUAUAGAGAGACUGCUCUAUUAUACAAUAAUGUAACAGGCAAUCUAGCAAAUAAAUUACGUGUUGGAGAAGUUGUCUCACAUGAAGUUGCACAUCAAUGGUUUGGUAACAUUGUCACACCUCAAUGGUGGAAUGACAUCUGGCUUAACGAAGGAUUUGCAUCAUGGGUAGAAGUGUUGGGUUUAAAUCAUGCUAAUCCUGAUUUUCAUCCAUUAGAUGUUUUUGUAACAGCUACAUUACAACGUGCACUUGUCAUGGAUAGUUUAUUUUCCAGUCAUCCAAUAAGUGUAGAUGUUGAACAUCCAGAUGACAUUAAUUCAAUAUUCGAUGCUAUAUCAUAUGAUAAGGGUUCGUCGAUAUUACGAAUGAUCUAUACGGUGGUAACAGAGCCAACAUUCUAUCGGGGUGUUUCAAACUAUCUCAAUGCGUUUGCGUAUAAAAACGCAGUUCAAGAUCAAUUAUGGCAAUUUAUGACCGAUGCUACAUCGUCGUCUAUACUCGGUGGUGAGGUAAUCAAAACCAUAAUGGAUACAUGGACAUUACAAGAAGGAUAUCCAUUACUUACUGUUACAAGAAAUUAUACGAAUAAUCAAGCCACAAUUCGACAAAACCGUUUUACUUUAGAUUCAAAUGCGACAAAUCAAACAUCGAGAUAUAUUAAUCCAUUUAAACCACCAUUUCGAUGGUAUAUUCCGUAUAAUUAUCAAUCAACAAAUAGAAAUGUAUCAAUGUUUGAAUGGUUAAAACCAAAUGAAAAUAAGACAAUCCGUGUAAGAGCAGGAUUCACAGAUUGGUUACUAUUUAAUAUCAAUCAAUUCGGCUUUUAUCGUGUCAAUUAUGAUUCAGAUAAUUGGAAUCGAAUUAUUACUGCAUUAAAAUCUCCUAAUUAUAAUACGUCAUUUAGUAGUGUAACUCGUUCACAAUUAAUUGAUGAUGCGUUUAAUUUAGCUCGUUCGAGAGAUCUGAAUGCAAUUGUACCGUUACAAUUAUCAACAUAUUUAUGUAAUGAAACAGAAUAUAUUCCAUUUUCAGCAUUUUCUACAAAUAUUCAAUAUCCACUUAUUAUGUUUAGUCAAAAUGAGAGUAGUACAAUAUAUAAACAACUUCAAAAAUAUGUUCAAAAUUUAGAAAAACCAAUCUAUACUCAAUUAGGCUGGUUUUCAGCUGGUAAUGAUAAUUAUUUAAAACGUCAACUUGGUUCACUUGUUAUCGGUGAUUUAUGUGCAAAUGGUUUAACAGAAUGUAUUAAUCGAGCAGUACAAGAAUAUUCAUCAUGGAAACAAAAUCCAACAAAAUAUUCGAUAAAUCCUGAUUAUCGUAGUGCGGUCUAUUGUCAAGGUGUUAAAAGUGGAACAGACGCUGAUUUUGAGUUUCUCUUAGAUAAAUAUAAAUCGACAAAUGAUCAAGUAGAAAAAAAUCGUUUCGGUUACGCUUUAACAUGUACGAAAAGUGAACGAUUAUUAAGUGAGUUAUUGAAUGAUACAUUAAAAGGACAGUACAUUCGAUUACAAGAUUCUUCAACAUUUAUUGGACGUAUUAGUGUACAACCAGGUGGUCAAAAACUGGCAUGGAAAUAUAUCUCAACACAUUGGACCGAAUUAGUUCAAAAACUCGGUGGUUUAAGUUUUACUCUGAGUAAUAUUGUUGAAAGUGUACUACAAUAUGUUAAUACAGAAGAAGAACUUCGAACUGUCGAAGCAUUUAUUUCAGAUACACAAGAUUUAUCUAUAGCAGAACGAGCAUUUUUAUCGUCAAUCGAAAAAAUGCAUGCUAAUAUUCGAUGGAUGAAUGUCAUUGGAAAUCAAUUUAGAGAAUGGUUAAAUUUAAAUGUUAAUCGAACAGUAUGUAGUUAA